GCCACUUCCCAGAGUGCAGCGCGAGUUUGGGCGGAAGUGAGUGUUGGCAGGGGCCUGAUCGGUGCUGAUGGGGAUCUGGGCAAAAGGUCUCCAUCAUGUAUACCCUGCUGUCUGGCCUGUAUAAGUACGUGUUUCAGAAGGAAGAAUAUUGCGUCCUGAUCCUGGGACUGGACAAUGCUGGCAAAACAACUUAUUUGGAACAAACCAAAAUCCGAUUCAACAAAAACUACAAAGGAAUGAACCUUGCCAAAAUCACCACCACGGUUGGUCUGAACAUCGGGACAAUCGAUGUGGGAAAAGCCAGGCUAAUGUUCUGGGAUCUCGGAGGACAGGAUGAGCUGCAGUCUCUAUGGGAUAAGUAUUAUGCAGAAUCCCACGGAGUGAUCUACGUUAUUGAUUCUACGGAUGAGGCACGACUGUCUGAGUCAAAGCGAGCUUUUGAGAAAAUAAUCAGCAGUGAUGCUUUGGAAGGAGUCCCCAUCUUGGUGCUGGCGAACAAGCAGGAUGUGGAGGGCUGCCUGUCCAUUCCAGAUAUCAAAACCGCCUUCAGUGAUUGUAUCAACAAGAUUGGAAAAAGGGACUGUCUCACCCAGGCAUGCUCUGCCCUUUCCGGGAGGGGCGUGAACGAAGGCGUGGAGUGGAUGGUAAAGUGUGUAGUGAGAAAUAUUCAUCGGCCCCCGAGACAGAAGGACAUCACAUAGGGGGGGCACGGCGACCAUGAGCUGCACACUGAGAAUUUUCUAUGGAGCUGUUCUUACAGCAGACUGGAAUGUAUAUAAUCUCGUACCUGCCAACCCGACUCCUCUGUAUAGAUAAACCCUUAUAGAAUUCUAUUUA